CUCCUUACACGUGUCAGACAUCAAGACACUUGGCAACUCACUAGCUCACUGGUGUGUCCUUUAUAUAUGCAUGGAAGAGACCCUCUCUCUCUCAUUCCCAAGUAAACUUGUCUCUGAAAUUCCUCAAGCAAGCGUUUCAAUAUUUACAGGUCAUCAGUUUGUGAAGGUGAGGUGAAGUUUUUGCUGUGAAAUGGCGUCUCAUGAUCAGAGCUGCAAAGCUGGGGAAGCCAAGGGCCAAGCUCAGGAGAAGACUGACCAAGUGGCGGACACCAUGAAGGAAAAGACACAAGCAGCCAAAGACAAGGCUUCUGAGAUGGCUGAAUCAGCCAAAGGCCGUACACACGAGGCCAAAGACCAGACUGGCAACACUCUCUCGGAGAAGACCGGCGCUACCAAAGAAAAGGCGUCGGAGACCACCCAGUCGACCAAGGACAAGGCCUCGGCAGCGGCCAAGGCCGCAAAGGAAAAGGCUUCCGAGAUGGCCGAGUCAGGCCGCGAGGCAGAGCAGGCCGGCAAAGAGAAGACGGGGGGGAUUCUGCAGAAGACUGGGGAGCAAAUGAAGGACUUGGCUCAAGGCGCUGCUGAUGCUGUGAAGCACACCUUUGGCAUGACUGACACUAGUGAGGAUGCCAAUGCUGGGACAAAGAGGGGCAAUUAGAUUGUAGCUAAAAGUUUGUCUCCCGUGUUUGUUCUGCUGUAUCAUGUUGUCACUUUUGGUGGUGUUUUUUAAAGUUUCCUUCUCCUUGAGGGGUAGUUUCUAUAAUUCUGUGCAACAUGAUGGAAUGGGCUUUAUUGACAUUCCCUAAAUAAAAUUGAUAUUAAUCUCUUUCUUCAUGAAGUUUA